GUCCCCGUCGAGCGCUUCAAAGCCUACUAUCAGAUGUCGCAUUGGACGCUUCCGCCCCUAGAUGCGCUCGCAUCUUUCGCUGAGACAGCACGAUUGGAAAUAUUACCGCACUUUGGAUUUCUGCACCUGCCUACUUUCCGACUAGACAUGCUGGCGACGUGUCUCGCGUUUACGCUCUGCACUAUUGGAGCCGACCGUGCAUCUCGGCAGAGCACCAUCAGGAAUGGCGGACAGACUGACGAGCACAUGAGCUGGGUGUAUGGGUCAAUGGUGCGGAAUGAAAUGAGCAUUAUGAUCAUGAAGGUGAGCCCUGUAGGUAGCUGUGAGGACUUCAGGCUGACCGGUCAGUCUUUCUCGGUCACGAAACGCAUGACGAUGUCUGAUUACAAUCUUGCGCUCAACCAGAGCCUCUUACUGCUCCAAGCAACGGAUAUGCUCAGCCAGCAUAGUCACGAGCGGAUGCGUGCCUAUAUGUUUCGUACCACCAUCAUCAAUACUGCUCGUCAGCUUGAGUGCUUCAAUCCCCGCUCCUCCCAUUUCCGGCAUGAGAUCCGCUUCCCCAUCCAGCCAUGGACUUACGCCGAGCUCGACCUCCACUGGCGCCGCUGGAUCCAGCUAGAAGUCCGCCGGCGCACCACGUACUUCAUCUUCGUCUUCGAUGUCCUCGCUACCCUGGAAACGAGCAUCCCGUGCAUCUGCUCGCCCGCCGAGGUCUGCUAUGUCCCCUUGCCUGCGCCUGCUUCGCUGUGGUGCGCGGGAAGAGGCGAGCAAUGGCUGUCGGCGGCGAGGGUCUUCACUCCCGUCUCGCUCGAUCAGGUACUGCGAGUGCUGUUCACCUCGGAUGCCAAUCCUUCCACUGCGAUCCCGUCUCGCCCGAUCUCGAGAUCGCUAGAUCGGUUCGCCAUGCACGUAGUCAUCCUCACCCUUUUGCGAGGUGUGAUUGAGAUUGGAGAGGGCAGAAGGGAAAGAGGGGACUGGUACGAUUUGACAGAUUUGUGGCUGGACCGGAGUGAGGCGGAAGAGUGGAUCUCGAGGUCCCUUGAUGGGUCGGGGGAUAGAGCAGCGGUCUUGGCGCUUUAUGGAAGUGCUCUGCGUACGGUAAGCCAGACUGCUGUGCAGAGCUGUUGGAGGAUAGUGGAGGUAGCUGACAACCAUAUAGUGGCAGAGAUGGUGGGAUGCUCUACCCUCCCGACCUUCGGAGAGCACUCUACCGUUCGUGCCGACCUUAUGCGAGGGCGAGUCUAUGCAGUCUGUUCUUACUUCCAAACUGACGAGUCAGAUGCGCUUCCCAUCUACCGGCUUGUCGAGUCGCUUAUGGGCGUAAUCGCUUCUUCUGCACCAAGCGAUGUCCGACGGGCAUUCGUGACACGCAUCAACUUCGCGGAGAUGCUCAACACAGCGAGGACCAUACCGAGGGCGGCGUAG